AUGAUGUUCACUCCCCUGUUGGCUCUUACCUUCGCUGCCAUCGCACCGCUGGUCAGCGCCUACCCCAUCACCGGCGACGGUGUGAACUGUCGCUCGGGUCCUGGUACCUCCCACUCUAUUGUCAAGAGCUACAAGAAAGGACUCGACGUUGCCAUCACCUGUCAAACCGACGGCACUGAUGUCAACGGAAACAACAUCUGGGACAAGACUGCCGACGGCUGCUACAUCGCCGACUACUACAUCAAGACCGGAAGUUCCAGCUACGUCACCAAGAAGUGCGAUGGCAGCGGUAGCGGAGGUGGUAGCAGCGGAACCCUCCCCGGCUUGACAGCUACGCAGUCCAAGCACGCAAAGGCAAUUAUCAAGGAAGCCAAGUCGGAGAGUCUGGGCCGCCAGGGUUGUCUUGCUGGUAUUGCAACUGCACUUGUUGAGUCCAACAUCUACAUCUACGCCAACAAGAAAGUCCCCGCAUCUCUCAAGUACCCACACGACAAGGUUGGAUCGGACUACGAUAGCGUUGGUAUUUUCCAGCAGCGUGCUACCUACUACCCCAAUAUUGCGGCCAAUAUGGAUGCUGCCAAGUCUGCUGGGCAAUUCUUCGCCAAAAUGAAGGGUAUCAGUGGCUGGAAGUCUAUGGAGGUUGGUAAGCUUUGCCAGAAGGUGCAGGGCUCGGCAUAUCCUGACCGAUAUGCGGAACGUCUUUCUGAGGCUAAGAAGAUUUGUGCUGCUGGGGGUCUGUAG